CAUCCACAGUUCCUCAUCAACCAUCAACCAUCAAGCACUCGACCUUCCACCAAAAUCAAAAACCACCCUACACAAUGCUCUUCACCACCGUCCUCACCUCCGCCCUCGCCGGCCUGGCCAUGGCAUCCCCUGCCGCCCGCAUGGACCAGUCCAUCAAUGGCCUUCAGCAGCGCGGAGUCCUGGCUGAGCUUUGCAUCGCCGCUUGCCUCGCCUCCGCGUGCGCCGCCGGCCCUCCCGCCUGCGCGGCCUGCCUGGUCACGUGCCUUGGCACCGCCAACGAUGGCGGCGAGGUUGUUCUUGACGCUAUCACCCUCGAGAAGGCUGUUGUCGACAAGGUUGAAGGCUAUGUUCCUCAAAUCACCAAGGCCUAAGUUCUCUGUCACAGGGGCUCAGAGGGGGGGCGAUCAUGAAGGUGGUGAGAUGGGAUGAUGAGUUGGUUAUCUUCGCUUCUUCGAGUUGGCGUGACACUGGCUGCCCAUGGACCAGGAGUCGUCUUUUUGAUGAUGGUGGAAUUUAUUGAUGGAAUGUGCGGGUUGCUAAAUAUGAUUAUUAAGUACUUUUCUCGGACCUCGAAAUUCUCGGCAAGUAGCCUCGCAAUUUAACCAAAUGGAACAAAACGUGGAGCGAAAUUCUAGUGGUGACAGGGAACUUGAGAAGUCUACCAUAGCGAAACGUCUCGGCAGAGAUCAUGUAUACCGAAUUUUAACCCCAU